AUGGCCACCAAGAGCCACCCUUCUGACUCUACCGACCCCCAGCCGUCUAAUGUCCGACGUCUCCCACCGGGCUAUGAUUACAUUCAAACACUGAUUGACCAUACUCAAUCGAAGUCUGCAGAUUCUGAAGACCCCACCCCCCGAUUCCGUACAUAUAAUGAAUUUAGUACACUCGACAGUGCAGAGCGGGAGAGAUACUAUAAUGAUAUGGUGAAAGCUUUGGAGACUUACCCCCAGAGAUGUUCUUAUCUUGACUUGAAGAUUUGUCAACUUCCUGAUGGUCAAGGAGGGAAUCUUCUAACUAAAGAUGAGGAGCGAGAGGCCGAGCUUCAACGGAAAGAUUUGCAACAGAAAUGGAAAUUACCGAAAGAUCGAGGCUCAGGACGCGCACGGCCAUCUGGAGAGGAAAGUUGGGAUGAUGGCAAACUUCACCUGAAUGACAAGUCCCAGUUUGAGCUUUGUGAAGAGUGUUGGCAUGCCCCCCCUAAUGAAGAAGACCCUCUACCUUUACAUUUAUUCGACGACUAUAUAUCUUCACAGCUUCUUUUCUACCGCGUUGCCAUCUACGUGCAACUAUUGAUUGGUGGCUCUAAGCCUUGGGACAUAGAAUUUCUCCACCUUGACGGGGUCAGCACCGUACGAUUCUAUGAUGAUGGAGGGUGGCCAAAGAUUGAGUUCAGAGGCCGUGGGGAAUCUCAGGAAGACGCCCUGAAACUUGUCAAUUUCUUAACUGAUCUUAAGUUCCCCCAUCCGGGUGGUGUGAUAGCUGGUACGGUGGAUUGA